UGUUCCUUUCCACUCCGCUCUUUGGGGUGACUGCGCCAAUUUAGUUUUAGCUCUGAUCAAAUCUUAUUCCAUCUUCCAAAAUGAAAAUCUACAAGGAUAUAUUUACAGGAGACGAGAUGUUUUCCGAUACUUAUAAAAUAAAACUUGUUGAUAAUGUUAUCUAUGAGGUUUAUGGCAAGCUUAUCUGUCGCAAAGUUGGAGAAGUUGAAAUUGCUGGAUUCAAUCCAUCUGCCGAAGAACCAGAUGAAGGAACUGAUUCAAGUAUGGAAACUGGUGUUGAUAUUGUUUUAAAUCAUAGAUUGCAGGAGACUUAUGCUUUCAGUAGUAAAAAAUCAUAUACUCUCUACCUAAAAGAUUUUAUGAAAAAACUUGUAGCUAAAUUAGAAGAAAAAGCUCCUGAUCAGGUUGAAGUUUUCAAAACAAAUGUGAACAAAGUCAUGAAAGAUAUUUUAAGUCGAUUUCAAGAACUUCAGUUUUUUACCGGAGAAUCAAUGGAUAUUGAUGGACUUGUUGGGCUCAUGGAAUAUCGUGACAUAGAGGGUGAUACUGUACCAGUACUGAUGUUCUUUAAACAUGGAUUGGAAGAGGAAAAGUUGUAGAAAAGUUUUAUGCAACAAUUUUUUAACAUUUAUAAUCAGAAUCAAGACUGUUAUCUGACUGGAGAAAACCAUGAAAUUUUGUUCAUGGUAUUGAACAUGCAUUACUUCCAGAAUAAUGCAAUAAUUUAUUUUUAAUUGUUAUCAAUAUUUUUAUGCAAGUCAAUGCUAUUGUAAAUAUUAUUGGUGCACAAAUAGAACAGUAUAAUCACCACGAUAUAAUUUUAAAAGAAGAAGAUGGGACAAGAAUAAAUGAUCAUGAGAGGAUUAAUGUGCUAUCAAUAGCUAUUGAAAUUAUACAACGAUGGAAUUUGUUUCUAAAUACAACAGAAUAAGUUUAUUCAAAAUAAAAAACUAUACAUUUUUCUAAACCCUAA